AUUAAGAGCGAUGCCUCUGAGACUGAAAUUCAUUAAGGUCCCAACAACAAGGGACGCAAUGAAGUUACUCUUAAGAAUCCUGAGUGUGACAUGUUUGUCUGUGGCCUUAACAAGACAAGUUGACAGAAGCAACUCAAAAUCAAGAUUCAGUCAUCAUCAGACAUGGAAUACAAAACGGUUCCCAGUGUGGAAAGAUGGAGACCCACGCUAUAAAAACAGCUGGACGGGUGGACAACUGAAGUUUGAAGUCAGAAAUGAUGCACCCACCUUGACCGGUGCCAAAAUCACCUUCACCAUUGACAUUGUGUUCCCUCACAACCAGAAGGUCUUGCCAGAUGGAAAAGUUGUUUGGGCAAAAAACUGCACAAUCAGUGGCACACAGUUCCAUGAGGGUGAGCCUGUCUAUCCUGAGGAGAACUCUGUAGAUGAAUGGAACGCUGUGUUCUCUGAUGUUCCUCUCUUUUCUAGACAAGGGGACAAGCAACCUUCCUAUGUGUUUGUAUGGAAAACGUGGGGUAAAUACUGGCAGGUGUGCGACGGGCCUUCCUCAUCACUGACCAUCGGCACUGAUAAUGUUCCUCUUGGCUCUUACAUGAUGGAUGUUGUCAUUUAUCACUGCAGGCAUAAAGAUAAAUUCAUCCCUGUUGGAUAUGCAUCCACACAGUUCAGUAUCACCAACCAGAUUCCCUUUGCGGUUUCCCUGAUGCAGGUAAAUGACAAAGAUGAAGGCGAUCAGAAAUUCAUCCAGAACAGAGCAGUGGCCUUCAGCAUCACCCUUCACGACCCCAGCCAAUACCUGAGCAAAUCAGACGUGACUUUUAACUGGAGCUUCGGGGAUGGCAGUGGCACUGUAAUCUCCAGGGAACUCACCGUCACACACACUUACACUGCCGCUGGAGCUUUCAAGCCCCAAGUUGUCGUACAAGCAGUUAUUCCGGAUUCCUCUUGUGCCACUCCACCAACCCUUCCCACUGAGGCCCGUCCCACCACCAACACCCUCACCUCUGAGAUUCCCAUCCACCCUACUGAACACAUCACUGCAGAUCAUGCUACCAGUCAGUCUUCAGCUCCCAUUCAGAAAUCCACGCCAGCAUCUACAAUGAAGACUAUUCCACCCGCACCUACAAAUGGAGUUGAAACAGGAUCCAGCCUUGAGAAGGUCUUUGAUCUUAGAUCUGCAUCUGAGAUGUCUGAAGCUUUGAAAACUGCGACAAAGACAACACUGGAGGCAGCUGCCUCUGACAUGGAGGUGAUGAUGGAGGAAGACUACAUUGAAAGCCAGGCCUAUGUAUCAAUAAUAAAACGUCAGGCUCCAAACACAAAUGACUGUGUGAUUUACCGCUACGGAUCCUUCUCAACUGAUAUUGAGAUUGUUGAGUAAUCUACAUUUGUAUCCUCAUAGGGGAUUGAAAGUGUGCAGAUCAUCCGGGUGACUGUAGCUGACGAUUUUCUGCAAACACAGAUGGAGCAGAAUGCUGUUGAUUUCACUGUUUCCUGCCAAGGAAGCCUCCCCACUGAAGUGUGCACUGUAGUAUCAGAUGCAGACUGCCAUGUGCCAGUUACAACCAUUUGCAAUGCUGUGAACCCCUCCUCAGACUGUCAACUCAUCCUUCGCCACUUCUUCAGUGACUCUGGGAUCUUCUGUGUCAAUGUGUCCAUGAUGAAUGAUGUCAGUCUCGCAGUCACGAAUGCCAGGGUUAAUAUUAACAUAACAGGAUCCAGGUUGACAUCUGCAGAUGCCGCUGCCCUAUUGUUGGGCAUCCUGACUGUUGUAUCAGCAAUGGGUGCUGUGGUUUUUGCAUAUAAAUGUCUUAAAGGGUACCAAAGGCUGACUGAGGAUGCUAUUACAUGCCAAUCCAAAGACACUAGCAUGAGCUCAAUGCCAGUGCCCUUCUGGAGCCUGAUGAUUCAGCAGAGAGUGGAUCAAAAAAAAGGAGUUGUGUGAAUUUUGUUCAUAAUUCAAAUUUAAAAUAAUGUUACAUCAGCACUAUUUUGAAUAGCGUAAAAGCAUUUAAACCUUUUUUUAAAUGAGAUUUUGUAUUCUUUUACACACAUAUUUGAACCCAAAUCCUUUUCCUACAAAGGCAUGUUUUACAUUACAUUACUGGUUGGCAUUACAUUGCCUUAAAUUCUACUUUAAAGAGAAAAGUUGGGCCAACCAGCAUUUUUAAAGCAAUUAAAUAAAAUAUCACAAAAGCUGCUAUUA